GGCGGCGGUGGCGUGGAUACUGUGCUUCUCUCGGGCGUCAGCUUUGCAGGUGCGACCUUGAGUCUUUCUUGAGCCGCAAAAGGCAGCCCCGGGCUUCGCCCCGAGGGGAGGCCUGAGUAACCCGGCCCUUCAUCCCUGUUGCAAGAAAACCAUACAGGGCUGCUGUCGUCAUUACUGCGCCGCCCUUUGCGCCGAGGUUGGAGUUGAUGUCCAUUUUUGUGCGCUGAUAUUUUGGUCUGUUGUGGUCAGCAUCAGGAAAGGGCCCAACUUCCCUUCACAGCUGGGAGAUGGAGUUACUGGUGUGAAUGGCCUUAAUGGUAUGCCUGAAGAAUGCAUCACUGGCCAGAAGCCUGGCAUAGGAGGGCAGGAUUGUGGCAGUUGAGUUUGUGGGAGGAACCAUUGCUUCUGUGCUGGCCAGCCUUCUGCUCCUGAAGAAUGUCUCUGCAUGGGGCUACACUGGGGUUGAUACCGUCACCAGAAGUUUCCCAUUUUCUCCAGCAGUACAGUCAGCAUGGGGGCAUCCAGCCACAUACCGGGAAUGAUUUUUAAGUUGGAGAAGGUAUAUACCGAGAAGUGCAAUCGCUGGAUCAAAGGACUUCUGGGAACGAGUGACUGCUGACUGACAGGGACAGUGAUGCAGCAUGAGUCACCUAGAGAAGUGUCUGCUCUGUUGAGUGAUCGAUGGGGCGGGGCACAAUGUUGUGGCAUGAUAUCUGAGAGCCAGAAGCUAUGAGUUCUAUUGUGUGACCCUGGGAAGAUAAAAUAACCACACAACUGACUCAAAACCCAAGGGAAAUUCAGAGGGUCAGGGAUGGAACCUUGGGUGCCCCAGCGGCCUCCUCAGCUGAGGGGAAGACCCACAGCACCAUCACAGGAUGUGGUUCGACGGCUGCAGAGAGAUGGAUACGACCAGCCCGUUGCUCACUCUCGGCACAAUGGAGAGAGGUUCCAUCAGAGGCAGGACCUCCGAGGGACCCCCCAGCCAUACCAGGACCCCAGGGCAGACCACCAGCAGCCCCAUUAUCCACACAGGCCUGGGGAGUGGUACCAGCCAGUGUCCCGGCUUGACCUUUAUGAAGUUGGUUGUCCCAGGUAUGCAAGGCCAGGCUAUGAGGAUCCCUAUCAGAGUUAUUAUUCCCCUAUCCUAAGGGAAGAAUAUGAUUAUGGAAGCUAUUACUAUCAUGGACAUCUGCAGCAGCGACAAGAGGAAAGAGUUCCAAGGCAAGGGAGUCCUUAUAUCUGGCAUGAAGAUUAUCAAAAUCAAAAGUACCUCAGUGAACAUCACCAUGAAACUCAGAAUAGUCCAUUGGGAAUAAAUCAUGAGACUCAGUUCCAAUCUAAGAGUCAGAAUCCUUAUCAAGACAGUCCUGUUUGCAACUCUGGACAGGAGAGGCCUGGGGAGCUGUUUCCAGAGAGUCUGCUGCCCGGGGCCCAGAAGAAUAAGCCAUCAAUAACCAGUGAGUCCAACCUUCUCCAGCAGCACGAGUCUGGUCUUAGCUCCAGCAGCUAUGAGCUCAGUCAGUACAUGCUGGAUGAGUCCGAGCAGUAUGAUACUGUGGCUGCAGCAACUUGGAGUCCACUUCAAGCAGAGGAUGCUUUGGCAGCUAGUCCCAAAGCACCCAUGAAGUUCUACAUCCCUCACUUGCCUGUGAGUUUUGGGCCAGGAGGUCAGCUGGUAUAUGUGGGUCCCAGCUCUCCCACUGAUGGGCACACGGCUCUUGUUGAACUGCACAGCAUGGAGGUUAUUCUUAAUGAUUCUGAGGAACAAGAGGAGAUGAGAACUUUCUCAGGACCUCUGACCAGUGAAGAUGUACACAAGGUGGAUAUCAUGACAUUUUGCCAGCAGAAAGCAGCUCAGAGCCGCAAAUCUGAGAUCCCGAGGAGCAGAGACUCGGCACUACUCUGGCAACUGCUGGUUCUCCUUUGUCGGCAGAAUGGGUCCAUGGUAGGCUCUGACAUAGCUGAGUUGCUGAUGCAAGACUGCAAGAAGCUGGAGAAGUACAAGAGGCAGGCCCCUGUGGCCAACCUCAUCAACCUGACGGAUGAGGACUGGCCAGUGAUGAGCUCAGGCACCCCAAACCUGCUCACCGGGGAGAUCCCCCCCAGUGUGGAGACGCCUGCACAGAUUGUGGAGAAAUUCACCAAACUGCUCUACUAUGGAAGAAGGAAGGAAGCCUUGGAAUGGGCCAUGAAGAACCACUUGUGGGGCCAUGCUUUGUUCCUGUCCAGCAAGAUGGACCCAAGGACCUAUAGCUGGGUCAUGAGUGGCUUCACCAGCACGCUGGCGCUCAAUGAUCCACUGCAGACCCUCUUCCAGCUUAUGUCGGGGAGGAUUCCGCAAGCAGCCGUGUGUUGUGGGGAGAAGCAGUGGGGAGACUGGAGGCCUCAUUUGGCUGUGAUUCUGUCGAAUCAGCCUGGGGACCCGGAGCUGUAUGAGCGUGCAGUUGUCACCAUGGGCGACACCCUGGCUGGGAAGGGGCUCGUGGAGGCAGCUCACUUCUGCUACCUCAUGGCUCACGUGCCCUUCGGCCACUACACAGUGAAGACAGACCACCUCGCCUUGCUGGGCAGUAGCCACAGUCAAGAGUUUUUGAAAUUUGCAACAACUGAAGCUAUCCAGAGGACGGAAAUCUUCGAAUACUGUCAGAUGCUGGGAUCCCCCAAAUCUUUCAUCUCUUCUUUCCAGGUAUAUAAGCUCCUUUAUGCUUCCCGUCUGGCAGAUUACGGUCUCGUGUCCCAGGCCUUGCAUUACUGUGAAGCCAUAGGCACGGCUCUCCUUAGCCAGGGAGAGACCAGUCACCAUGUGCUAUUAGUGGAACUCAUCAAGCUAGCAGAAAAGCUGAAGAUGUCAGAUCCUCUGGUUUUAGAAAGACGCCGCGGAGACACGGACCUGGAGCCCGAUUGGCUAGUGCAACUCCGGAGGUGGCAGCAGGAGUUGGAGGUGGGAGAGCAAAUGGUAGCAGAAGACGUUGGCGAUCCUCAUUCUGCCCACUCGGAUAUUUUGGGAGCCAGAGAAACAGCAGCAGAAAACACUUUCUACCAGGAUCUUUCAGGACAUCAAGGCUACUCAGAACCCCCUGGGCACCGCACAGCCCUGUGGCCAACGCCUGAGCAGACAGUCCUGAGCCAGCCCAGCUCACAGCAGCCCUUUCCCCCUCAGCUGGGUUCUUAUCUGGGGGGCGGCGGUGCAGGGCAGAUGGGGGCACCGGUGCCUCUUUACUCGGUUCCUGACACCCAUCUACCAGGCGCUGGCAGCGGCGUGGCAGUGACAACGGCUCCUGGAGGAAGGGCCUGGGAGGAAACCCUGCAGGCUCACCCACUCCUCGGGGAGAACACAGUGUCUCAAGAAACCUUCCAGUAUCCUGAUGGUCAAAAGAUCUUUUCCACACUACAGGUGCCACUGAUUCCCGGAGCACAAAAUAUAUCUGAGAGUUCAGUCAAGGAAGAUGAGGAGGAGUCCUCUGAUGAUGCAGAUAAAACAUCUCCACAAAAUGGUGAACAGAGAGCAAAGCUAGGAGAUGCAAAAGAGAAUACAAAGAGCUCAGGCUUUGGCUGGUUGAGCUGGUUCAGAUCAAAGCCCACCAACAACGCGUCGCCCACUGGAGAGGACAACUUGUCUGACAGCCCCGAUUCUGAGGAGACCUCCCAAGCAUCUUCUCCCCUGCGGACCAGCUCGAGCCUCUCACUGACUCCUCCCCCUGAGUCCCAGCCUCUGCAGGGUGCUGGCACCUUCUCCAGGAACACAGGUGGGGGUGACAUUCGAGAAUCCGUGUCUGGUGCAGGAAAAGCUGAGGAUGUUGGGAUUGGAGGCUUGUCAGGGCCUGAGGGUGUUUCCUCUGAGCUCUACUCCAGCCCGGGGGUUCUGCUUCCUCCACCUCCUGUGAAAGGAGUGGUUCCUCUCUACAACCCAUCUCAGGUCCCUCAGCUCUCCAUGUCUACUAGCUUGAAUCGGCCAAAUCGCCUAGCAGCGCCGCUAUCCAACCCAGCCAUGAUGAGAACAGCCACCCAUCCCAGGCUUGUCUCCUGGGGGUGCAACUUCUGUGUUGCUCCCAUUUUCUUAAUUUCCCAGCCCCUCUGCCAUAUUCUGUGCCUCAGGACAUUUGUGCUAGCAUCUGCCACCUUGGGCGCUUAGAAGGCAAGGGGACAGGGUCUUCCUAAAUGCAGCUCAGUCCAGUCUCUUAAGAUUAGCAUCAGAAUGAUUGAAAUCAUUUUGUCAAAUGGAAAAUCUGGGUAUAACAGCAGACUGGGCAUGAGCGCAAUGGCAUGGUGGCUGUACUUGUGGUGGUUUGACAUCCUCAGGAAAGUUAGGGCCCUAGGAAUGCCACUGUUGGAACCAAGGUGACACCACUGAGCUCUGCAGCAGGAAAUAACUGGGGUAGGGGGAGCUCAGAGCAAUGGUCUAGACUGACUUUGGCUCCUACCUCAGUCUUAGUUAUAGACAAAUAUGUGGUUCUAGUUAGCGAAGUUUUUCUACUGAAACUUGAUUAUGGCUUCCUUUCAUAAUUCUCUCUUCAGUGACAUUUCAGCAAUUUCCUUCUCAGUCCAAGUUUUGUGCACAUUUCCUAUGUGGUUCAGAUUAAUUAUAUUUCUCUCACUUUCUUAGCUGGUCCUAUUUUUUCACAUUCUGGCAUCUGGCUAUCAAGUUAGAUGGCUGUAGGCAUCAUAUUGUCAUGGUAACUACUGAAACUAAUGAUGCAGAUGGAUGGAACAUCAGUAUAAUAAAUGAUGGAAAAUGUUUCCUAAAAAUUUGUCCCUUCCAUAAAAGGGGAGAAAUGAGUGCCUGGUAUUGUUAAUAUCUCCCUUCCUACCUCAGGCCUUUGCAAAUUGAUGCUCGGAGGGUCAUAGGAGCAGAGGGAGGAGGGGAACAUCUUGGAAAUUUCCAUUUUUCCUUUCAUAUCCAAAAUAGGAAUGACUCUUGCUGUUUGUCAGAUUUGCUGAAAAUUGCUUCUUACAAAGAACAUUUUUUGUAUGUGUAAUUGAACAUACAGGUUUUGUACUUUAAUGUACUAUGGUUCUGGCAUUGAGAGCGAUUAAAACCAGAUAAUUUUAUAGCAAAUGCUUGUCUCUGGCUGAUUUUUGCAGAGAGAGAAAGUACAUUUAGUAGUCUCUUCUCUGAAGUCUUUCUAAUAAUGGUUUCAUUGUGUGAUCAGGUGUGAAUAGCUGGAAAAAGCCCCUUGUGAAUGUUGAGUCUAGGGAUUGAGCCUCUUAAUUUCCAAGUCUACUCUAAUGUUAUUAUUUUUUUGAAUUUUUAAAAAUAUGGACAAAAGUGCCUCUGACACAAAUUAGUCACUUCACUAACUAAAUGUUUCAUAUUCUGUUCCCUUAAAAGUUUAUUCACUUUGCAGAUUAAAUUAGGAAAUACAUGCAAAGGGGUUUUGCACAUAGAAGGCCUCAGUGAAUGCUGUCCCCCUUUUUCUCCUUUAGAAGGCUGCUGCUCCUUCAGUUCAGUAUGCUGACACCCAGGGGCAGUCCCAGCAGCUGACACCCAGGGCAGGAGGGUGCGAGUUUCAUGGGAGCCAAACAGCCUGGACUUCAGUCAUGCCUCAACUGCUGCUCACCUUGUAAACUUGGGCAAAGUUACCUAACCUUCUUGUGCAUUGUUUCCUCAUCUAUACAAUGAGGAUGAUAAUAAUAACAGUAUCCACCUCAUGGGGACAUUGCAAUAAAUAAAUUAAAUGAAUCAAACUCUUAGAAAAGUUUCUGGUAGAUGCUAAGCACGAAUUUUUUUUUUUCCCCAAAUUAUUAGUGUGCAGUCUAAUGAGUAAAAUCUUAACUGUCUUUGUUGCCUACUGGAUUUAACUAUGUCUUUUUCAUUCUAGAUAUAGAUAUAUAAUGGGAAUAAUAAUUAAAGAAUACUUGGAUGUGUGUCCUUAUUGCCAAGCAGGUUCUCUUCCUGCAGCCCGCCUGCUGCCGAUGCCAGCCCACCAGGCUUAGUGUCCCUGAGAAGACUGACAGGGAAGUCCUCCUCGAAACCAAGAAGCACUUUAGAGGAGGGGAAUGGGGACCAAAGAAGAAGGCAAAGAAGUCAGAUGCCUGUGUCUACAACCCCUGCCGUGGAAAACCAGUGGCCUCGAUGUGGUCAGCACAGCAAGCCCUGAACUUACUUCCCAGGCAGAGGAAUACAUACCCAUGAAUAAAUUUUCUGAGUCAGGGGUAAAGUCAGGGGUUUUAUACACUAGAAAGGGAGGGUAUUCAUGAUGGUCAUGCCAGUUCAUGAAUGAAAGCUUGUACUCUGGAAAAGUCAGAAUGAGUCCAUUAACUGACACUGUUCGUUAAAACGGGUCCCAUUGUUUGUUGGUCAGGAAAGGGUCUUCAUUUAGGUCCAGUGAGGGUCUGAUGAACUGGGGUCAUUCAAGUUCUUAAUUGUUAUCAGUUUUGUCUGAGUGAUGGUGGUGGGGGUUGCUCAGAGUUACUGGGCAUUCAACAGCUUCAGUUGGUUAAAACCAGUUGUGGUGAAGCAAAGCAAGUACAGCUGCAGAGGGAAGUAUUUUUUACAAGGUGGAAGCACUGGGGAGUAGGGCAGGCUGUGAUAGAAGCAGUGCAGCUAGGAAUGGGGGGCAAUAGUGUCCAGCAGUGUUGGGGCCACUGGGAGAGGCUGGGAGAGGCUGCAGGCCUUGAGGAGAAGCCGGGUUUUGGCUCGACCUCUUGUCCUACAUGGCUCAGGAGCCACAGCAGCAGUCCUGAGUCAUGAGCAGGUGCACGAUCUGAGGCAGAGCCUCUCGCUUCCUGCAUCCUGGUGUAGUGUGGACUCCAGCAGAGGAGGAUUGCAAGUGUCCCACAAGACCAGGAGAGACCAGGUGUUGCCCAGCAGACACCAUGUCAAGGCUGGGCCAGACCAGCCACCUGGAAUAGGGUGUACCGUAUGGACCACAGGCCCUCUUUCUGUAGCUUUUUUUUUUUUGGUGGGGGGGAGUGGGGGAGGAAUGAACAGUAUUCACCCUGUCUCAAAGGAAAAGGACUUACCAGAGGACACUGUUUAAAAGGAAAAGUCUGAGAUAUUAAUUGGCAAGUUUAUCUCCCCUGCUCCUCAAUGGGGUGGUGAGCUUGGAGGAAGGAUA